UACAGAGAGCAGGGAUACCCCAAGCAACAAGGUUACCAGUGUUAGCUCAGAGACAUGGCUUGUGAAAAGCAAGCGGAAGAGAGCAAAUGUCCGGGUCCAGGGACCGAGCAUGGUUUAUUGAGCAAAGCCAACACAAAUGACGAAGAGAUCCAUGAAGAGGUCCAAGAGGAUAGUGAAGAUUUGGUGCCAGAUGCUGUGCUCCAAGUGGAGACAGAGUCCUUCUUUGUAAAUCGUGAGCGACUGGCCCAACUCAGUCCCUACUUCCGAGCACUGUUCUUUGGCGGAGGUCGAGAGAGCAGCAAGAGGCACAUUGAAAUCAAAGGUGUAGAUUUGGACCAUUUCCGCAGUCUUAUGGAAUACACUAAAAACCUCAGAUUAAAUCUUGACAGGAAGAACGUCCUGGGAGUUCUUGAGACUGCAAACUUCCUUCAGAUGGAAAAAGCCAGGCUUCUAUGCUGCAAGUUCCUGGAGAGAGAGUUACACCUGAGCAACUGUUUAGGCAUGAUGGCCUAUGCAUGGCAGCUAGGCUGUCAGGAGCUUUAUGCUGCUGCACGAGAAGUGGUUCUCACCCACCUGCCAGCUAUAGCUUCCGAGGAGGACUUUAUGCACCUCUCCAAGGAGACCAUCGCUGACCUUCUUGCUAGUGAUGACCUUCUCGUUCCACGGGAGGACCUGGUCUUUGAUGUUACUUUGCGCUGGGCGACAUAUGACUCCAGUCGUGAGGAUGACUUCCUGGAGUUGGCAGGGCUGAUUAGACCUGAGAAUUUGAGUCUGCCGUACAUCACAGAACUCCUGACCAAGAUAAAAAGUUCUGACCCUCGUGCCAAGCUCAUCUGCAAACUGAACGAUCAUAUCCCCACCAGCUGGACCAUGGGCAGGUCAAUGCCCAGAACUCGGUCAAGAGAGAUGCUGUUUGUGCUUGGUGGAUCACAUGAGCAGGACCAGCAGUCUCUUUAUCAGUUCAACCCAUGCAGUGGAUGGUGGCAGUCCCUGCCACCUUUACAGAGGAAGUGCCUAACACAGUACUCUGUGGCAGCAGUAGGUAACAACGUGGUGGUGACUGGUGGCUACUUCCGAGAGGUUCUGUGGUACAGCGUGGACUGGGUUCGGAUUUACGAGUGCAGCAACGAGCGUUGGGUGGAUGGUCCAGCACUGCAGAAAUCCAGGCACAGCCACUGUUCAGUCGCACACGAAUUCCAGGUCUUUGUGUUGGGAGGCAGCAUGGAUGCGGGGCCUGUGCCGGAUGUGGAGAGGCUAGUGCUGGGGGCAGACUGCUGGGACAGUGUUAAUCCCAUGAUACGAGCAGUAGAAAGAGCAGCUGCAGUCACCAUGGGCUCCUGCAUCUAUGUGGCUUGUGGUCUGGAUGAAAAUGGAGAAGUAUACAGUGGAAUUCAGAGGUAUAAGACUGAGGUCGACCAGUGGGAUGUAGUCUCCUAUUCUCCAUUUCCACGUUAUGACCUUCUCGCCACUGAGCUCAAUGGUGCCAUCUAUCUGAUUGGAGGUAAGGCUCUCCGGCUAGAUGUUGAUACUGAUGAGUGGACUAUUCUGGAAGAGGAAUUUCUAGACAGAAAGUUCUUCACUGGCUGUUCUACUGUGAAUGGACAAAUCUACUUGAUUAGUGAGAGAAAGAUAAACAAAGUUUCUACAAACAUGGUACUCUUGGACCCGUACACUGAUACUUGUAUAGAAAUGAAUGAUGCAAUCCCAUGCCCCGUCCCCAUACGGGGAUGUGUCACGGUCCGCUUGAUGGACAGAUGAAUCUGACCAGUCAAGUUGGAUUGUAACUUGUUACAUUAAAAACAAUACCAUGUUGCAUCCUU